GAAGGAAUGGUAGAAGGAAAGAAAACCUCCUGUCCUUUAGAAAGAUUGCAUUUCAAUGCGCCAAAAUCUCCGUCCUAGUCAAUUUUCCAGUGCAAGUUCACAGCAGGAGGAGGAUCUGUCCGGCAGAUACAGAGUUAAAGACAUCAUCGUAGCCAUUAGAGGGAAAAGUUGAAGCAAUGCAAGCACAGCGGAGUCCUCCAGCCCUCCCCUUUUGCCCACUCCCCACUUCUCAGGCUGGUUCAGUGUUUAGGGAGAGCAGUGAUCACGCAGUCCUGAACAGCAGGCUAACAUUGGACGAGGUGCCAGGUAUCUGAAAACAGGCAAUGAAGAGAGCAGAGAUCCACUUUUCACCAUUUCUCCUCUGGAUCUAGACUUAGAGCUUCAAACCUCCAGCCAGCUCAUUUUAUCUUCCGUGCAUCUCAGUCCCCCUUCCCUAAAGACAAUCCACCCGCUGAGUAGGAGAGAAUGCUUUCAGUGUCGCAUCCAGGGAGACAUCGCAGAGCAGUUUUAUAGAUUUGCACGGAUUUCUUCCAGGGCAUUUUGGUGUCAGUUACCCUGAUGUGACUUUUCUUUUCGGCUUUGGAAUAAUGGGGAUCUUUUUGGCUUAUGUUGGAUUCAUUUUCUUUUCUGUUUUAUAUAUACAACAAGGACUUUCUUCUCAAGCAAAAUUUACUGAGUUUCCCCGAAAUGUUACAGCAACUGAGGGUCAGAAUGUGGAAAUGUCAUGUGCUUUUCAAAGUGGUUCUGCCUCAGUUUACCUGGAGAUCCAGUGGUGGUUUUUGCGGGCAGCUGAGGACCAGGAGACUGGAGGAGAGGUGACAGGCACUCAGGUGGAGCUCUUACCAGAAAGAGACUUAGACAACGAUGGAACAAAAAUCAGCAACACACAUCGAGCCUUUCCUGAAAUAAUUCAGACAGUAAAAGUACAAGGGAAUGACAUCUCUCACAAGCUUCAGAUUUCUAAAGUAAGGAAAAAGGAUGAAGGCUUAUAUGAGUGCCGGGUGACAGAUGCCAACUAUGGAGAUCUUCAAGAAUACAAGGCCCAAGCCUACCUUAAAGUCAAUGCAAACAGCCACUCUCGGAGAAUGCAGGCAUUUGAAGCAUCUCCCAUGUGGUUACAAGACAUGAAACCCAGAAAGAAUAUCUCUUCAGCCGUUCCCAGUAGCAUCCAUAAUUCUGCUAAUCAGCGAAUGCACUCCACCUCCAGCCCUCAAGCUGCAGCCAAAAUCCCCAAACAAAGUCCACAAUCAGGUGCGAGGAUAGCUACAAGCCAUGGACUUUCUGUCCUGCUUCUUGUUUGUGGCUUUGUGAAGGGUGCUUUGCUUUAAUCUAAAGUGCUGACUUUUUUCCAAUAUCACUUUCUCUUCUUAAAGCAAAGAGCAAAUCGCCUGUAAAAUCUUCGGAGCGGACAGCAAAGUUGACCCUAAACUCCAAUCAUCACUCUGCACCCAAUGUACUCUAAUUCUCUACACAAGGAGCACCUUCUUCAGGAAGUUAAAAAAAAAAUAAAACA